UCUAAUAAACGUAAAAGACGACGUUUGCAGCGCGUGUCUUGUGGCGCGAGCGCGAAUUGUGCUGCAGGCGACUGGUAUCUGCACCGAAAGACUACAGAGGAAACACAUGAGUGUCAGCAUCACAGAACCCGAUGUCUCGGAACGUCCGGGGCUCCUGUACUACGAGUUUCUGCCCCUGGUUCGUCGGUCCAAGGACACGGGACAGCUUCAGUUCCAAGACCUCGAGGAUGUCAUUGACCGUGCCAACGAAUGGUGCCGCCAGUUCAGCAGCUACCGUAUCGUCACUCUUGAGACUGUGCAGUUCAAGUUCCAAGACCGCGACGACGCGUCCACUGCCGGUGGUGACGACGCCGGCGCUUCGGAGUCUGCACCACAGUCUUGCACAGACGUAACGAAGUCCCGCCAGUAUCACGGAGACGGGUUACGCGUCUGGCUGUUUCCAUCAGAAAACCAGGGUCCGUGCGAGAUCGGGUUUCGUGACCUCAUACCACGCCGCACUGGAGUAGACGGACAGAAAGUCUACGAGUCCAUUCCGCAGCUUCUAGGACGCUUCAACGCUGAACAGGAGCGCGGAGACAACCCCAUCCCAGGAAAAAUCAUCAACGUGGAGUCGAGGGACGUGAAGAACAAAGAAAGCGGUUCCUCUUACGAGGGUUCUCCAUCCACGGGAUUCUCCGGUGUUUGGACGCUGCGGAUUUUCUUCUACAGGCAGGAGCCAAUGAGAGAAAGGAUAUGCGUUCAUGACGUGGUUCCGAGGCCCUACGACUCCUAUACUUUCGAGGACCUUCCCGCAGUGAUGAAAAGAGCAUCGAUUUGGCUGCAAAACGCGAGUCCACUCAGGCUCUACAAUGUGCAGACCUUGUUCGUAAAAGCGAAGUUGCGUGCGCCCCCUGGCACGACGCUGUCUCAGAAGUUCCGAUCCCUUGUGCGCUACCUCAAGGUGGUGCGACUGGUCUUCUCAAAGUUCCCGGAGACAGCUCCCGAGUUCCGUUCACUGGUGACCCCCAGGGCUCUGUCGCACCGUCUCUUCAUUCCACAGCUGCAGGACCAGGGACGGCCUGUCAAGGUGGGAGACGCUAUUCAAGCACUCAAGGAGAAGAUGAGCCUUUGGUCAGCAAAUAUGGCUGGCGACGUGUUAUGUGCGGAAUCCCUGACAGUCGACUAUCAUCCUGGGAAACCGCUGUACAGCAUCAACCUCACCAUCCCGGAGUCGGUCAACGCAACGUACGGACAGGACGUCCCUAAGACGCGAGUGGUGCUUUACUUUCGAGUGUACACUAACUGCCACGUACCCGUAAGCUCGGAGUCCCGCCUGCUUACUAGGGCGAGCAGGACACAAGUUGCAAAGCCGAUAGUAAUGCCAAAGCAGGUGAGGCCCAUGCAGCAGAAACGUUCCAUGUGUAGGGUGAUGUGAACACUGUUUGAAUAAACUCAGUAUUUACACUGUUUCACGUAAGA